AUGCCGGUGAGACGGGGCCACGUGGCGCCUCAGAACACUUUCCUGGACACCAUCAUCCGCAAAUUCGAGGGACAGAAUCGAAAGUUUAUCAUCGCCAACGCACAGGUGGAGAAUUGCGCCAUCAUCUUCUGUAAUGACGCCUUCUGUGGGAUGUGUGGUUACACCCGGGCGGAGAUCAUGCAGAAGCCCUGCACCUGUAGCUUCCUCUAUGGACCUCACACCAAGAGACCGGCGGUGGCCCAGAUGGCUAAAGCACUGCUGGGAGCAGAGGAGAGGAAGGUGGAGAUUUCCCUCUACACUAAAGAUGGAGUGUGUUUCCAGUGUGCAAUAGACGUGGUUCCUGUGAAGAACGAAGACGGCCUUGUCAUCAUGUUCAUUCUCAACUUUGAGCUCCCCACUGACCCAAGAACAGUCAACAGCUCACCAGCCAGAGAGCUCAACCGAGUAAUGCAUAUCGCGUGGCUGACCCGGGCACGGCGGCAACGUCUGCGCCUCCUCCUGCAAUCCCUCGGCUCCAGUUUGGGUGUCCUGUCGCAGGACAGCGAGCUGGGGGCUCCUCGAGCUGACCUCCCUCCCCUUGGACACGACAGCUGGAGGAGGCAGGAGCUGGACUACUGUUGUGGGACCAAGAAAGGGAGGAGGAAAAAGAAGAACGAAUGA